AUGGAGCAAAAUCUAGCCCACAAGAGGUUGGAAACAAGUAUACGAGGUAUCGAGAAGCAGGGCUCAAUUCAUUCACCCACACAGGAUCUUUUAAAACGGUAUCAACUACUUCAACCACCGCCAACUGUGCUUACUUUCCAAUUUGAGAAUGUGUACGCAUCAGGCUUGAAACUGAAGAAACAAGUUAGUCAACAAGACAUUGAAAAUUUUGUUCGUUUUGGGUGCAAGUUUUACCAGUUGGAACGCGGUGGUCAAGUGACUUGGCACGGGGAGGGACAACUUGUGGCAUACGUGGUGCUCAACUUGAAGUCGUUUGUCAAACUUUCUCCCAAAUGUUUUGUAAAUAGAGUAUUGCUCCAAUCGGUAGUCAAUGUCCUUGAAAAAUUUGGUGUUCGAGGUACUAUACUGGAUGAUAAUCCAGGAGUUUGGAUAUCUGAUGGUGAAGAGGGAGAGGAGGCCAAAAUUGCAAGUGUUGGUGUUAGAGUACGGCACGGUGUUACUGAAUUUGGUGUUGCGCUUAAUAUCGAUCCGGAUCUAAAGUUCUUGAACACGUUUGAAAUGUGUGGGUUGAGACUGAAGCAAGCAACAUCAUUGAGUCGAGAGUUGGAGAAGAGAGGCCAGGUUGACACACUUCCCUCCAUUGACAAAGUAUCUGAUUUAUUUGCUGACGAGGUGGCUACGGCACUCGAAAUGGAGCAAAUAGAUAAACAGAUUCUAUAG